AUGUCAAUGAAAAAAGCGCCCGUAUCAGCAAAUGGCAUUGACAAUGGGACAUCAAGAAACAUGCUGGAAAGAUGCGGUUCGGUCAAUGAGUAUUUUGAUGUUUCCUUCAAGGUGAUGCUGCUGGGAGACUCAGCGGUGGGGAAGACAUGUGUCCUUGUGCGAUUUAAAGAUGGUGCCUUUCUAGGAGGCAACUUCAUAGCCACCGUGGGAAUAGACUUUAGGAACAAGGUGGUGACUGUAGACAACAUGAAGGUUAAAUUACAGAUUUGGGACACAGCUGGACAGGAGCGAUUCCGCAGUGUUACUCAUGCGUAUUACAGAGACGCCCAAGCACUGUUGCUGCUCUACGACAUCACGAGGAAGUCUUCUUUUGACAACAUCAGGGCCUGGUUGACCGAAAUUCAUGAGUACGCGCAAAAGGAUGUGGUCAUCAUGUUGCUUGGCAACAAGUCUGACAUGGCAGCUGAGAGAGUCAUUAAACAUGAGGAAGGGGAGAGACUAGCCAAGGAGUAUGGAGUUCCUUUCAUGGAAACCAGUGCCAAGACCGGUGUCAACGUGGACCUUGCUUUCUUCGCCAUAGCAAAAGAACUGAAGCACAGAGCUGCGCACCAACCCAGCGAACCCAAGUUCCAGAUCCACGACUAUAUUGAGUCACAGAAACAUAAGUCAAGCUGCUGUGGCUUCUGA